UUUUUUUUCGUUUGAAUUCCAAUGAAUCAAAUAUUAUAGAUCAAAUUCUUUGGACAUGCCAUCAAGUACAGAUCAUGAUAAAGAGGACGAUGAUUUUAUUAAAGUAGAACCUAAAUUCAAAUACAAAACAAUAACGACAUCCAAAAAUAAAAAGAAACGCAAGAAUAAGAAAAAUAUUCGAUAUGAAGAUGCUAGUGAAUGGACCAUCAACGAUAUGAUCAAACAGUUAGAAACCUAUAGAGAAAAAUUAACAAGUACCAAGUUUUAUGAAGCACUCAAACCACUGAUCUCUGAAUGUUUAGAACCAAGACAAUGUCAAGAUAUUGUAUGUUAUGGAGUAGGCUCGAUGCAAGACUCUAUUGCUGCUAGAUACCAAUUUAUUCUCAUUUUAUUGAUUAGAGAUAUUAUCAAGAUCAAAGGUACCAUAUCUAUAUUUGAUCCAGUGAUGACGACUUUAGAUAAAGAAGCUUGUGAACAUUUCAAUGUGAUUGUAAUCAAAGAAGAUGAAGGUUGUAAAAGAACAGUGACGACAUCUACAUUAUUUUAUAUGCCACAUUGUACUCGUAUUCAUUAUAGUAAUACCAUCAGUGCUAAUUGGACAAGAGAAUUAUUACAAAAUGUGACGAUCAUUGGAAAUGAUUUUGAUGAUGUCUAUGUAACAAGUCAACCUGAUUCCGUUUUACGUCGAGAUUGUCCUUAUUUGGUUCCUGCAAGUAGUAUUAUUGAAAGUGUCCCUUUUCCUGAUCAUCUUUUUGAUAUCAAUAAUGUAUUUAAUAAUUUGGCAUUUCAACAUUUCCCUUUGAUCAAGAUUCCUCAAGAAACUGAUGUAUCCUUUUGGCAAAAUGUGGCUACAUCUAUUGAUGAUGAUGAUAAAUGAUCUUAUAUCUUUUAUAUAUUUUUUUUGUAUCAAUAAUAAUAAUAAAAAAAAAGUCUGUUAUUAUUAA